AUGAAAAGUUUAGAGGUCGAAGAUAUUGAAUAAGCGCAGGCUAUUGUAAAAAAUUAAGAUGAUGAGAAGAAAUAACUAUAUCUACCUCAAGAACCUGUUCAGAAAACGGAAAUGGAGUACUCAAGGUAUUAAAUACCACCUAAUUUUUAAAUUGCACAUCAACAUUAAAUAGCUAACUUGGUAGGAUAUGAGAGUAAAGAAUCAAAAGAUUUGUGUGUCUGCUGUGCAAGAUAAAUCAAUAAAUAAAAAAUUAAUUUGCUUUGUAAUCUCAGAGAUCUCUCAUUUCUUGGGAGUGGCUACCCUCUAUAUUUCAGUUUUUUAAAGUACUGUGAGGUAUUUCUAUGCCUUAUACUAUUGACUUCAGGAGGAUAUAACAUGCUUACUAAUGCUAUUUAUGGUUAAGACUGCAAAGAAGAUAAUGAAAUUGAAGGAUAAGACACUUCAUAGAUCUGUAAGAAAAAUUGGAUAACAGUAAUUUCAUUAGGAAAUAAAUAAGAACAAAAGACUUUAAUGUUUGUAUAAGAGAUACUCAAUUUAGCUACUGUGAUUAUAAUUAUUAUAUUACUUCAAAUAUUUAGACGCUAUUAACGUAAACUAGAUUCAGAGUGUGAUGAAGCAGAUAUUUCUGCAAACGAUUACACAUUAUUGUUUGAAAACAUUCCCUUGGAGUUUGAUGCUAUUAAUAGCGACUAUGAUGAUGACUUGAAGCUGUAUGUUGAAAAAGAUAUUUCAAAAAUGUUAAAUUAAGAAAGUUCAACACCAAACUAAUGCCUUGAAGUAGUUAAAGUGAUUUUAUGCUACAAUCUUAAAGAAUUAUAGCAAUUAAAUGACAGACAUUCAGAGUUAAUAAAACAAAAAUAAAAUACAAUAAAAUAAAUGAAUAAAGGAAAAAUAGCAGACACUUUAAUUUUAGAAAACAUUAACAAAAAAAUAGCAGAUUUAGAUGAUUAAAUUUUAAGAUUUUAAGAGAAAUUUGUAGAUGGUAAAGGCAAAGAAUUCAUGAAGCAAUAUUUUACUGGUAAAGCACUCGUUUCUCUAAAAACUGAAUAAAUGAAAGAAUAAGUCCUCAAUUUCGCAAAAGACUCUAAAAGAUCUAAAGAGCUAAUCUAUCAAAAUCAAGUAGUUUAGAUAAAAUAGGCACCUUAUCCUUCAGAUAUGUACUGGGAAAAUUUACACAUAACAUAAAAUGAGAAAAAUAAAAGAUUUGUUAAAGGAUUUUGCAUAACUAUAUUAGCAUUGGCUGGAUGUGCAGGAUUAAUAUAUUUACUGUUAUUUAUUCAAAAGCAAUAAAAACCUUCUUAAAAUUAAAAUACAAGUUAAUAAAGUAAUGCGUUGGUUUAGAGCAUAGCUAUUUUACUAUCUAUUGCAAUUACUAUAUUAAAUUUUUUACUGUAAAUUGUUCUUAAAUAUCUGACAAAUAUUGAAGGAUGCUAUACAAGGACUGAGUUUAAUAUAAGUAUUGCCAAAAAAAUGGCAUGGGCUACUUUUAUUAACACAUCUUUAAUACAAUUCUUUAUAGAUGUUGUUUUGAGCGAUUCAAAAAAAUUUGGAGCAAUAUUUUCAGAAGGUGGGAUUGCUUAUAACUAAAAUUACGUCUUUAUGUUUAAUAUGGUAAUUCCUUUUGUAAUGGGACUUAUCGAUUUCCCAGGCAUUUUCAAAAAGGUAAAAUAAAAAAUGCUAUCUAAAUAAGUGGAAAAAUGCUAUUUUACACAAGAACAACUAAAUACCUUAUACGAGUAUCCAUAGUAUAAUAUUUCUCAGUAGUAUGCUAAUAAUUUAAAAACUAUGUUUAUGGUAGCUUUCUACUCGCCUAUAAUUCCAGUUGGUAUAUUAUAUUCAAUGGUUGCUAUACUUCUAAUGUAUUGGGUUGACAAGUUUAAUAUACUGAGAAGAAAAACAAUCAAAUUCUCUUAAUCUGCAGAAUUAUCAAUUGAGAUGACUGAAAUGAUUGAAUAUAUAUUACCUAUUUAUUCUCUCUCUAAUGCACUAUUUUUGCUAUAUAUUGUUGGGAUUGAUUAUGUUUCUGUGGUAAGCUGGAUUUCUUUAGGAAUUGGUCUAAUUCAUGCAGCUCUUCCUAUGUAAUUAUUCAAUGAAAAAAUGUUUGAAAUUGCUGAAGCACCUCCUAAUUUGCAAGAUUUUUACUAAGCUGAGCAGUUUUUCACCACUGAUUAUGAUAGAGAAAAUCCAGCAUAUUAACUUAUAGUACUAAAUAAAUACACUAAAAAAGAAUAGGAAAAUAAAUCAAUUUAAAUCAACAAUAAUAUUUAAUUAAAAAACUCUACACCUAAAAAGCUAUAAUAAUCUAUUUUCAAAUCAAAUAAUGAAGAUGUCAUUUAAAAGCAUUCAGAUCAUAAAACAAAAGUAGUACAUGAAUAAGGUUAAGGUUCAAAUAGGAACAAGUAUUUUAGCUCAGAAAAAAUGUAUAAUUCAAAUCUCCAGAUAAAUUUUAUAAAUUCAAAGUAAGAAACAGCAGAUACAAAUUAAAAAAUUAGUAAUCUCGAAGACUCUGUUUGCUGA